UAUUUCAUUCCAAUGGAAGUAUUUCUAUUGCUGUUAUUAUCAUCUGCCGCCGCCACCACGGAAAAAUUAGAUUUGACGCUACACAUGGAACCAUUAAAACAUUCGGAAGCCAAAGACAAAUGCAAGAAAGAGAAUAGGAACUUGCUGUUACCUAGGGAUUUGGACGUAUUGGAGCGUUUUCGAAAUAAUUUACAGCUUAGAAUUAAUAAUACCGCGUGGAUUGGACUGGCAAAGAUUUCUAAAGGUAGGAAAAGUUCCUGGUAUUUCGCCAACGGCAAGAAAGUUCCGGACGAUUUCGAAUUUUGGGACGUGGACCAACCCGCUUCCGAUGGAGAUUGCGCUACUAUGGACGGUCGCAACAAAAUGCAAACCAGGGUCCUCAAGACUAAAUUACCUUUUGUGUGCGAAAAGAAGUUAUCUGGUAAACAGAAAUGCGACAAUGCCAAAGACAUGUGGAAAUACGACAAUAAAUGUUUGAAAGUAAUCCACACACCGGGAUAUUGUUCGGUGGCAAAAUCAAACUGCAAGAGACUAGGUGCCACCUUGGCCAUUGCCACAACACAGAAGGAAUUCGAAGACAUACAGAAAGAGAUAAUACUAUCGACUUUAGACAAGCGAGUAUGGGUGGGUUUGGAGAAAAUUAAUGGAAAGUGGGUGUUGGAAGACAACGAGGAACACCUCGAAAUCGAUAAAAUGUGGAUGGAAGGGAUUAAAAUUGAUAAAUACACCAAAUGUGCGGUACUUUCGACCAGAUUCGAUCGAUUGUUUCCGGUUAAGUGUAAUCAACACACGGCGUAUCCAAUCUGUCAAAGUAUGCAUAGAUUAUGGAAGAAUGUAUUUCAAACACUAAUAAAUUCAUCUGUUAAAAACACUAUUUUUGUGUUAAAAGUAUUAUUAACUUUUGAAUUAAUAAAUUAUGUAUGAAAUAAUCUACUAAUGGCGAUUUUUAAAGUCGAACAACUCGUCAUUAAGUUUCGAGAUAAAUAUUUUAUUAUUAAAAAUAUUGUACUUUUAAUCAUUUAUCAUCGUGAUAUUUUUUUUCUUUCCUUGCAACGCAUCGCUGCCAUUUUUAUAACGCCAAUAAGUCAAAAUGGAAGAUAAUGUCCAGAAUCUAAUUUAAAUUAAUAUGUAGAAUUAUUUUAAUUAAGUAAUAAAUGUAAUUAAAUGAUACUGGAAUAUGUAAAUUAACACUUUGACUGCCUCUCAAGGGAGUGCUGCAAUUUAUAAAGUGACCCUUUAAGUAUCUUUAAAUGGUGUUACAAUAUGUAAAUUGCCCUUUUACUGUCUAUAAAUGAUGCUGCAAUGUGUAAAUUGAUCCUUUUACUACCUCUAAAGGGUAUUAAAUGUGUAAAUUGGCCCUUUUACUGCCUAUAAAUGGUGCUCCAAUGUGUAAAUUGGUCCUUUUACUGCCUGUAAAUGGUGCUCCAAUGUGUAAAUUAUCCCUUUUACUGCCUAUAAAUGGUGCUCAAAUGUGUAAAUGGACCUUUUACUGCCUAUAAAUGCAAUGUGUAAAUUGGCCCUUUUACUGCCUAUAAAUGGUGCUCAAAUGUGUAAAUGGACCUUUUACUGCCUAUAAAUGGUGCUCCAAUGUGUAAAUGGACCCUUUUACUGCCUAUAAAUGGUACUGCAAUGUGUAAAUU